AUGGGUGAAAAAGCUAACAAGCCGGUUAGAUUAUUAAGCACAGUGUUACCGGGUUCAAACCAUAACGGUAAACCUCAGGUUGUGACGGCGUACAAUCGUUUAAUGGGCGGGGUCGAUUUAUCUGAUGCUAUGGUAGACGUCUUUGAAGGAGAAAGAAAAACAUUGAAAGUAUGGAAGAAACUAAUUCUUCAUAUUUUCCAACGUAUCAUGCUUAACGCAUACAUUCUGUAUACCAAAAGCACAUCAGACAAGCCGGUAAAAUCUCGAUUGAGAUUCACUCAGUUGGUCAUUGAACAUCUGGCAGGGAAUAAUGAGGCUGGUCGUGAUCAUGUUCGUGUAAGGAUUCCGCAGCGCGAACUUAUAGCAGAAGGAAAAGAGAAGGAUUGUGUAGUGUGUUCACGACGAAGAGGCUCAUGA